CUCCUAUAUGUGUCGGUGGUGCGUUGUGGUUAGAUGCGAUCGGCUCAGGCUGUUCAUUCGCAAUCACAUCGCACAAAGCCGUGCACCAUCCACAGAGCCAUCCAUGCAACACGCCCAACCGACUCGCACACCGUCUCUCCCACUCAGGAUCAUCUGUCUGUCUGUCUGUCUGUGUUAAGGCUCGCCGAGGGGCUCGGCAGCCACCGCCCUGACACUUCAAUUCCCCCACCGUGUGUGUGCCUUGCCUUGCCUUCUGUCCGCCCAUCUCUGGUGCUGUCUGUCCUCUCUCUCCGACACACACACACCUCUCCUUACACCUCUCUCUCUGGUCGGCCAAUGCACAUGAGUGGGGGCAAAUGGGAGAGGGGAGCGGAGGGAAGGGGACAGCAGCAUGACAGACAGGAAGCGCCGAAUGAGCCAGACAGACAGACAGACAGACGGGCAGAGAGGUGUAAGGAAACGAUUGACAGCUUUACGUGUCAUGAGGAGAGGAAGAGGCAUUCCAUCCAGCCAUCCAUCUAUCCAUGAGCCAUCACCAUCGCACCACACCACCACACGGCUCGAGGGAGUCCCCGCCCUCCCCCCUCUAUCUACCGGCAACCCACACUGGCAAGAUAGAAUAUGUCGGGCAGAUCGUUCCAAUAUCAACACCACCGCUCGGCCUGACAUAAACCGAAAAAUAUCAGACACAUCAUUGUGUACGUCGUGAGCGUAUCAUCUGCUCGUGUCUGUCGUGUUUCACACACCUCAGCUGUCUAUUGGCCGAAGAUCCUGGCUGAGAUGACGGCCCCCAGCACCACACGCGCCAGCCGAGUGGUCUCCGGGAAGCGGUCCUUGAAAGCACCACCCACACCAGACACAGCCGACUCGGUCGUGUGGACUGACACAUUCACUGGAAACGAAGGAGAGAGAUGAGAGUGGUCCCGUCUGUGCGCAUGGGCUGACCGCUGAGGCCCAGCACAUGCUGGACGAUGAUCCAUGCGACGAAGGGGUGGCCGGCGCCGGUCAGGACGAGACGACGACUAGGGAAGCCGGGAGUGGAGCCGAAUGAUGCGGUUGUGGUGCAUCCCUCCACCGGUGUGUGAGGAGACUGCGUCAUGAGGGUGUGCAGCCGGUUGUUGUCAGCAAACCUGACACACACAAAAAAAACACUCGUGUGUCGUGACAAUGCCCACACAGAGUGGUGCCCCGCCUCACCUGUCGAAAACGCGGCAAGUGCUGUUGUGCUGGUGAGUCCCCCUGAAGCGGUUGAUGAUGAUCCUCUUGACGCACGACGACACAGACGAGUAGUCCCAACCGCCAGCAAACAGCGACCGCCAGCUCGCGGACCAUAGUAGACGCCGCUGCGGACCGCUGGGUCAUGCGGCUGUCGGUGCUGCUGGUAGGGGUGGUUGGGAGGGAGGGGCGGGUCGAAGUCGAUCUCGAAGCCGGCUUGGUCCUUGAUGGCCCGCAGUGUGUUGCCGUGCUGGAACAGGUGGAAGGUCCUGUUGAUGCCGAAUUGGAUGUGGCGGCCGACCAACUUGAGCUGGGCCAAUACACGGGGAUCGGCCAAAUACGCCUGCACACACAACACAUCAACACAUCAACACAGGCACCACACCGAUUGAGAGCCAUUGUCCCUCCCUCGGUUGGCUUACCGUCUUGUUUGGGUAUCGGUGCAGAUCGGUCGCCGUGAGCCUCACAGGCAGCUGGCAGCAGCCACACUGCCCCGCCAGCUCAAUGACCUCGCUCAUCUCACUCCAGCCGCCCGCCUCCGUCACACACAGCGCCGCCAACAGGUCUCCCUCGCCCAUCUGCUGCUGGUCAAAUGUCAGCAGCUGCUGUCCUUUGGCCGUCCGCCGCAGCCCCGCCUGUGUGCUGAGUUCAUGGCUGAGCCGCUGCCGCAGCUGAGGCGCUCCGAAGAGCUCUUUGAGCCAUCUGCAGGUCUUCCUCAGACGCAGCACGUCUCGCAGCAGAAAAUCGCUGCUGCGGUGGGCGCAGACGUACCACACGGGGUGCUGCUGUUGCUGCUGCUGUUGCUGCUGGGCGGGGGCCGUCAGAUCUGCCGACAGUGAGCUGGCACCUCCCUGUUGCUGCUGUGUCGCUGCCGCAGCACCACCCGCACCAAUCGAGCCACCUGAAGGCACCACACAGCAUAGAAGGGUCAUGACAAUGUGCAGUCCACCAACAGCAGCCGAUGGUUGGCGUACCUCCGAUAUGCCCACCAUCCGCAGGGCUGACGUCUACGCUUCUUGGCGCCGCCGUCAUCAGGCACCUGACCAGCACCUGACCAGCGACCCACAUCAAUGAGUUUGUGUGUCUGUGUGGGUGGGUGUGGACUUGUGCGUACCACUCUGUAGCUAUGCUGUUUGUUGCUGUCGGUCUCUUCUUGCCGCCCACCUCUGGAGGGAGCCGGGGCGUCGUGGCUACUGUCCAUCUGACGAACACGGGUCAACCACCUGCACCAAGGAAGCAGCCACACAGCGAGAUGGGAUGCAGGCAUCAGUGUGCCUGUGCUCUCAGUCUGCCGACUCACUCACUCCUCUGCAGUGUGUCAGUUUUGGCGUCAGCCUUCGAGUUUUUGAGCCACAAAGAAGCAGCCACAAGAAGCUUGUUGGAUUGAUGUGUGGUUUUGCCAGCCAUCCAACAAGCUCGCAAAAGAAGAAGAGACGGGACGAUUUUAAGGCAGCGUGGACGUCACCCAUAUUCUUCGCUGAGGCCUCUGAAGCACUCGGGGCUGCCGAGCAUUUCGUCUUUCUCGGGAUCGAGUGAGGAUCGAAUUCCCAU